AUGGACAACUUCACCUCGGGAACCGCAUUCUUCCUCAUGGGGUUUUCUGAUGUUCGAGAGAUCCAGAUUUUACAUGCUGUCCUGUUUCUGAUAAUUUACCUGGCAGCCCUACUGGGGAAUCUUCUCAUCAUCACUCUCAUCACCAAGGAUCACCAGCUGCGCACCCCCAUGUACUACUUCCUGAAGAACUUGUCCUUUCUGGACCUCUGCCUCAUCUCCAUCACUGUCCCCAAAUCCAUCGCUAACUCUCUGACCAAUCACAACACCAUCUCCUUCCUGGGGUGUGUUUCACAGGUACUUUUCUUCUUCUUCUUGGCCUCCACAGAAGUUACUCUCCUCACAGUGAUGUCCUUUGACCGCUAUGCUGCCAUCUGCCACCCGCUCCGGUAUGAAAGCAUCAUGAGCCCCGGGGCCUGUGCGCAGAUGACCAUUUCCUCAUGGCUCAGCGGAGGUCUCAAUUCAAUUCUGCACACAGCUUCCACCUUCUCUGUACCCAUGUGUGGACCUCUUUUGGUUCGUCAGUUCUUCUGUGAUGUCCCUCAACUGCUUUCCCUUUCCUGUUCUUAUAAUAUUGGAGAAUUCACAGUCAUUGGGCUCAACUUUGUUUUAGAUAUUGUCUGUUUUGUGUUUAUUGAUAUUUCUUACAUUAACAUCUUCUCUACCGUCCUGAAGAUGCCAUCCAGAGAAGGCAGGACCAAAGCUUUCUCCACGUGCCUGCCUCACCUCAUUGUUGUGACUCUCUUUCUCUCUUUUGGGAUUUUUGCCUAUUUACGUCCCCUCCCCAAAUCUCCAUCAGUAUUUGACUUGCUAGUGUCCGUGUUCUAUACUGUGGUGCCACCCACUGUGAAUCCCCUCAUCUACAGUCUCAGAAAUAGGGAUAUGAAGGCUGCACUAAGGAAACUGCUAAUGAGCAGACAUUGUCCUUCAAAUUAG